GUCAUUGGUCCCUCGCAGCACCAAAAAUCGCAGUGGGCAUAUUGCAACACGAGCAUUCACCUCCAUGCAGCGGGCCGCCGAGAAGGGCCGCGUCGAGAAGAAGGGCCGGUUCACGAUCAUCGACCUGCCAUCGGACGUCCCUAGCCCAAGCGCCGCCUUUGGCCACGACACGCCGACGUCGUCAAGCAACGACGACGCCUUUGACGCGGAUGCACCGCUGCAAAAGACGCGCGUGAAGCAGAAGGGCCGCUUCACGAUCAUCGACUUGAACCCGACAACGCCAUCGCCCGAGCGCAACGCGCACAAGACCUUUGAAGACGAAAGCGACACCGUGCCCGAGGCCAAGCCACGCGCUCCUCUGUCGACGCCUCUCCCGUUGGCCAUCGACCCGAGCCUGGUGCCGGCCACGCACGCACCUUCAUGCUGCCACCACCGCGCAUCGCUUGUGCACAAUCAUCCCCAUACCUUUUCGCCGCUGUGCACGCUGCCCUUUCCGAACGAAAGCAACUCGCAAGUCGUUCUCAACAGUCCCGUCGUCGUACUGCCGCUGGCGCAGUACCAGCAGCAGCUGGCGCUCCUUACGACGCUGCAACAAGAGAACCGCGAACUGCACACCAUCACGGCCACGCUCCAAGACCAACAGCGCCAGCUCUUUGAGCUCCUUCGCUCCUUUCAAAAGGUGUCGCCGCCCUCGCCCAUGCCCUAAUGAAAUCGUCCACAGCGUCCAAGGGAAUUCGUGUUCCUUUGACAGCGUCCCACGCUGCAUCAAGGUGCAUGUCACCAGAGUGGGAGUCGCAUAGC